ACAAAUGAAUUUUUCUAAGAUCUAGUUCAACUCUCGGAGUCUUGCUUUUACUUAAAUAAGAGUCAAAAAUUUCUGCUCAGAAUUUCCGACAUUAUCAAUAAUAGGAUUACGGUGUGCUUGGCUCGUGGUAGGGGUUGGACUUGGAAUCAGUGGGCGUCGGAGGAAUCCUUUGAGGAUCAGUUGAUUCAAAAAUCUUGGUGGGUGUCUGUAAUUCUGUACCAUUAGUAAAAUCUUGGUGGGUUUUUUGGUCAAUCUACAUUCAUUCAAGUUAAUUGGCAAUUUCAAGAUGAGUGAUCCCAAGAUGUAUGUAUUUGAAGAUGUCUCAAAGCACAAUACUAACAAGGAUUGUUGGCUUAUCAUUUCAGGAAAGGUAUAUGACGUGACUAGAUUUUUGGAGGACCAUCCUGGAGGAGACGAAGUUUUGCUCUCAUCAACUGGUCAAGAUGCAACUGAUGAUUUUGAAGAUGUUGGCCACAGUACCAGUGCAAGAGCUAUGAUGGAAGAAUAUUAUAUUGGAGACAUAGACCUCUCAUCCCUUCCAUCUAAAACAAAAAGCGGUAAAACCAGAAAACCAGCACCUAGCCCUCAGAACUCCAAAAGUAGAGUAAAAUUUUUCCAGAUUCUGGUUCCGCUGGCCAUUCUGAUCUUUGCUCUGGCUAUCGGCUUUUAUGCAAAGUCAAGCUGAAAUUCAGGAAACGUCCAGGAUUCUAUUAUUGUUUUUAAGAUAUUAUCUUUCUCAGCCAGCUAUAAGUAUUAGAACAAGAUUGGUGCAUCAGUUGCAGCACAAACUGCUUCUGAGCAAUAAAUAUUCUAAUUGUACGGUAGCCACAAAAAAAUUAGUUUCAAAUCACAAUGAAUUUUGGUUUGAAGAAGACUGGCAACGGAUAUCUUAGAUUGAAUGUUUGAUAUUGUGCAUUCUAUUAUGUCAUUUUAGAUUGAAUUUUUGA